GGUUAGUAGUAGCCGUUCAGCCGGUUCAUCUCGUUAUGCGUCAGGGAUUGAAGCGUGUACAUGCUCCGGUUAGGUUUUGUGAUGCACCGUGGAAGGUAAAGGGUGGCAGUCUUAAUCGCUCUCUGCAUAAGUGUGAAAGUACUUGGUGAGAACACAGUCCAAGGGAACCUUCUAGGUUGAUGGCUAACUAGCUUCUACUACCGGUGACUGCUAACAGACGGUGUUAAACGACCUGGUUAAAACUUAAGCAGGUGAAUGAGAAUGGCGCAGGGACUACCAGACGAGAUGCUGAUGAACUCGGCUUUGAUAAAAAAAUUGGCAGAGGAGGCAAAAGACUCAGCCGUUACACAGGGUGUCCUAAUGAGGCUCCAGGAGACCCCCAACUCAUCUGAGGUGGUCUCCUUUGCUCCAUUCACACUGUUCCCCACACCUGUACCCAAAGCUGUAUUCUCCCAGGCUCUGGCAGUGCAAACACACUACAACACCCUGGUGGACAAGAUUAGUCAGGAUGCAGACUUCCUACAAGAAGCUUUGGCUAGCACCAUCGCUGUGGAUGAUUUCACUGCAAGGUUGUUCAAAAUCCACCAACAGAUCCUUAAAGAAGGCAGGUCACAGUCCAUUGUGUUGGGUCUCAAUCGGUCUGACUACAUGCUGGACCAGAGAGAGAAUGACACACCAUCGCUAAAGCAGAUAGAGAUCAACACCAUUGCUGCCAGUUUCGGAGGCCUUUCAUCGCGCACGCCAGAUGUACACAGACAUAUCCUGAAGAUGGCCGGCAGGCUGGAGGAGAGCGAGCGUAUCCUGGAUAAUAAUCCUGCAGCUGGUCUGGCCAGGGCUAUUGCCAAAGCCUGGGAGCUCUAUGGAUCAGAGAAAGCAGUCGUCGCGUUCUUUGUGGAAGACGUCCAGAGAAAUAUCUUUGAUCAGCGAUUCGUUGAGUAUGAACUUUGGAAGAGAAACAUUCACGUAAUAAGACUGCGGUUUGAAGAUGUCUUUAAAGCAGGCUCCCUUGAUCAGGACAAGAGGCUUUUUGUGGACGGCAAAGAGGUCGCCGUGGUGUAUUUCAGGAAUGGUUACAUGCCUGACAACUACACUUCUGAACAGGUCCAACUUUUGAUUUGCACACAGAAUGGAAGAUUACAUUAGAGUUUAGUUAGAAACAUGCAACAUGCAGACUUACUUAAAAUGAUUCGUAUUCAUGAGAAACUGGAACGUCAUUAUCAUCCAGUUUAUUUCUUUCCCUGCCUAGCAACACCAAGUCUAGCCCUGAUUAGCUGAUAUAAGUGACAACAGACCUGUCGCCUUGUCAGUCUGAAUGGGUGAUUAGAUGGUAA